GAAAGUUGAAGACUCCUCGGACCUGCCCAGCACAUUAUGUCAGCUGUCAAUGACACCAAAUUAAAUUCUGCCGUGUUCCUCCUCACUGGGAUACCUGGGCAGGAAGACAUCCAUCUCUGGAUCUCUAUCUCCUUCUGCUUAAUGUAUGUUAUUUCGAUAGUAGGAAAUUCAGUCAUUCUGCUCAUUAUAAAAACAGAUCCAAGCCUCCAUGAGCCCAUGUUCAUUUUCCUUUCAAUGUUGGCAGUCACGGACAUUGGUAUAUCGAUAGCUACCAUGCCAACGAUACUGGGCAUAUACUUGUUUAACUCUAGGGAGAUCAGCCUUGAUGGCUGUUUAACCCAGCUCUUCUUCAUCCCCUUGCUUCAGUGCACUGAAUCCUCCAUCCUCUUGUUGAUGGCCUUUGACCGCUUCAUUGCAAUCUCUAACCCACUGAGAUAUGCUUCCAUCUUAACCCUGCCGAGAAUAGAAAAGAUGGGACUGGUGUGUGUGCUAAGAGGGGUGGCCGUAAUAUUCCCACUCCCCUUUCUCCUGAAACGGUUCCAAUACUGUCGAGCCAAUGUUCUCUCCCAUACCUACUGCCUGUACCAGGAGGUCAUGAAGAUGGCUUGUUCAAACAUCACAGUCAACAGCAUCUAUGGCUUGUUUGCUAAACUCUUAACGAUGGGGUUGGACUCGCUGCUCAUCUUCCUCUCUUAUGUGAUGAUCCUCAAAACAGUGCUUAGUGUCGUGUCCCAGGAAGAGUGCCUGAGGGCCCUGAACACCUGCGUCUCCCACCUCUGCGCUGUCCUGCUUUUCUACAUACCAGACAUCAGCCUGUCUGUGAUACACAGAUUUGCAAAUAGCUCUUCCCCCUUGCUUCGUAUUAUCCUGAGCUACAUCUCCCUGCUAGUCCCGCCCCUCAUGAACCCAAUUGUGUACAGCGUGAAAAGCAAACACCUUCGUGCAAGGAUAAUCAGGGUGUUCAUCAAGUAA